GUCAGGGACACGCGCUCUCGGUCGCAGCAACUCCCUGCAAGUUCCCUCCCUCGCUCUCCGGCGGAGCCUGCCGGAGCCCUCCCACUCGGUGCAGACCGAACCAUCGCGGCCACCGCCAGCAGCUGGGCCCUACGCGGCCGCGCGUCCUGGGCCGGCUUGGCCAACCCUCCCUGCUCCUUGCCCGCAGCCCCACGGCGGCGUUGGCGGCGGUGAGGACUCGGCGGCCCCAGCAGCCCGCCCUCGGCCCUCGGUCCUUCUCGGGCCCAGACCGUCCCUCCUCGCCGUCUCUGGAAGCCUGACCGCCGGCUUGGCCCGCGCCGCCCCGAGCCAGGGAGCACGGCCGAGAAAUCCUAAAAUCAGAGGUCCAGAACAUUGCUCCUUUUUGUGAGUCUUGAACUGGCAGCUGUCAGGACCCUGUAGGACCUCAAAGGGAAAUAAAAGGCAGAGUUAGACCGUGAGAGAGCGAGACAGAGAAAGGUCUUCCUUCCGUUGGUUCAACCCCCAAAUGGCCGCUACGGCUGGCAUGCUGCGCCGAUCCGAAGCCAGGAGCCAGGAGCUUCCUCCUGGUCUCCCAUGUGGGUGCAAGGUCCAAGCACUUGGGCCAUCCUCCAUUGCCUUCCCGGGCCACAGCAGAGAGCUGGACUGGAAGAGGAGCAACCGCGACUAGAACCCGGAGUGCCGGCGCCACAGGCAGAGGAUUAGCCAAGGUGCCCUGGGCCUGUUUAGAGCCAUUCCUGGUCAAAUGAAGCAUCCUCUUCUUUCCCUUCUGCGGAGGCAACUUUAAGAAAGGAAGACUUCCCUGUGACCUCUGCUUACGUCCCUGGAAUAUCCCUUCCCUUCCCAGCUCUGCCUGCAGUGGAGCACAAAGACCUGGAGGAGACUCCCACCGCCUUCGGGGAGAAGAAAGGAGGCAGCGAAGCAGAUUAAAGGAACUUGUGGCUUGUGGCCUUUAGGGGGCAGGGGCCGCCUGGAAGGGGAGCGAAGUGCUGGCGAGCGCCCGUGGCGGUGAACGAGCUGUGAGAUGCGCCGCCGCUGCCGCUGCUGCUGCUGCUGCGGCCGCCGCUGAAGCUCGAGUCCGGGACGCGCCAGCCGCCCUUUGUGCUUCGGGUACAUGUGUCUGUUCAGGCCGGCCGGGGGCGCCCAGCAGCGAGUCCACCACGGCGGCCGGGGAGCGAGCGCCCGCCAUGCCCACGGAGACGCUGCCCACAGGUAGCAUGGUGAAGCCGGUCAGCCCCGCGGGCACCUUCACCUCGGCCGUGCCCCUGCGCAUCCUCAACAAAGGGCCUGACUACUUCCGCAGGCAGGCCGAGCCCAACCCCAAGCGGCUGAGCGCCGUGGAGCGGCUGGAGGCCGACAAGGCCAAGUACGUCAAGAGCCAGGAGGUGAUCAACGCCAAGCAGGAGCCGGUGAAGCCUGCCGUGCUGGCGAAGCCGCCCGUGUGCCCGGGCGCCAAGCGCGGGCUCGGCAGCCCCACGCUCAAGGUGUUCGGCAACCAUGCCAAGACCGAGAGCGGCGUGCAGCGUGAGAACCUCAAGCUUGAGAUCCUGAAAAACAUCAUCAACAGCUCUGAGGGCUCCAGCUCGGGCUCGGGCCACAAGCACAGCUCCCGGAACUGGCCGCCACACCGGCCCGACGCCAGCGACCUGCACCGCCACUCCUUCGCCGAGUCCCUGAAGGUCUACCCCACGCCGGGGCGCGGCAGCCCCCAAGAGAGCAGCUCGCACGUGAGCAGGAGGCUGCUGGAGCAGUCGGCCGAGUCCUUCCUGCACGUGUCCCACAGCUCCUCGGACAUCCGCAAAGUGUCCAGUGUGAAGCCCCUCAAAGCCAUCCCCUGCAGCAGCUCCGCCCCUCCCCUGCCUCCCAAGCCCAAGGUCACCGCCACAGCCACCGCCACAGCCACCGCCACCGCCGUGAAGUCCCCUGAGGCCGCCGACCCCGUGGAACCUGCCUGUGGCGUGAGCCGCAGGCCAUCGCUGCAGCGCUCCAAGUCAGACUUGAGUGACAGGUAUUUCCGAGUGGACGCCGACGUGGAGAGGUUCUUCAACUACUGCGGACUGGACCCCGAGGAGCUCGAGAACCUGGGCAUGGAGAACUUUGCAAGGGCUAAUUCUGACAUCAUAUCCCUGAACUUCCGCAGCGCAAGCAUGAUCAGCUCAGACUGCGAACAGUCUCAGGACAGUAACAGUGACCUUAGAAAUGACGACAGUGCCAAUGAUCGGGUGCCCUAUGGCAUCUCCGCCAUCGAAAGGAAUGCUAGAAUCAUCAAGUGGUUAUAUAGCAUCAAACAAGCGAGAGAGUCGCAGAAGGUCUCGCACGUGUAAGAGACAGCGUGGAAAGGAGGGAGGGAGGGGCUGUCUGUGCAUACCCAGUCGUGAAGGUCGUGAGGUCUACCUUGCAGUGUUGUGAGCUUCUCCGCUCUUUGUGUUGCUUGUUGUGCAAUGUUUCCAAGUUGCAUGCCUGUCAACAUGGGGACUGGCCUGGCUUCCUCGCCACCACCGCUGCAGAGCCUGGCUGAACGCACGUCACAUCUGCCAAAGGUUUCAGGCCAGCAUCUGAUUAGGGCUUUGCUCUUAAGCAAAACUGUUUACACGGAAACAGUAUACGAUUCCUUCAAUAUUUAUGUGGUUCUUGUGUUUUUCUAUCCCACGCUCUUGUGUCUUAAUUAAAAGUUUUAUCAACUGGCUUUUAAGUUGACAGCAGAAUCUUUUGGAAAUUAAAAAGCCACUUUGCCUACAAUGGGAGGCCGUAACAAUGGGGAAAAAUCUGUCAAAGAGGUCUUCUACCAAAUGGAUAGUGACUGAGCAACAUAGAGCCAGGCUGGGUUUUCUGUGGAAUAAAGUGGUAACCCCUGAUGUUCAUGGUUUACACGUGGAAUUUCUCUUGCCACUUAGUGAAGCAGUCUUUUGGGGCAGCAGUGCUAUGUUUUGUGUCUGAUUUAGUGUGGAAACGGUGGUGUUUCUGUGUAAUACUGACCCAGAAGAAAGACAAUCAGGUUCAGUGAUAAGGGAUGAAAUCUAGCAAGUUGGGUGAUGGGGGGUGGGGUGGGUUUUGUCUUGGUGUUCUGAUUUGGGGCAAUUCAGCAGCUUCUAGUAUUAAGGUUUUGACAGGCAUGGCCACCCUGAAACUGAUACUGAAUGCCUUUACAUUUUUUUAUUUUUCUUUUGGUCAAGAACUACUAAUUUCAUUCUAUUUCUCUUCCUCUCUCCCCUCCUUGUUGUUUUAUCUGGGAGAGAGGGGUGGGGCUGGCUCGGGUUUGAGCUGUGUGAAGACGUGAACAGAAACGGAAAUAGCAGCCAUAUCAGUAUAGAGCCUCCCGUUCAGAAGCGAAUACCUUUGGUAGCUGAACCCUAUCUGAGCAGUGCCAGUCUGUCUAGCAUAUGUUACUCUCUGGGGCUGUGGAUGUCUGUUACACCUCUAGGAAACUGUAGAAACAUGACACUACGUAGCUUUUCCACCCUGUGGUCUCCAGUCAUACCUAUCAACUUGUCCCCUUUGUUCCCCAACCACCUGCCCUCCAGGUGGGUUAGUUGGCUGUCAACCAGCUGACUGCGUGGUAUGGUAGCAGACAGGUAACUGUGCAGGGGUCCACUCCAUUGCUCUCAUUGUCAAGCUCUGAAAUUCUCAGCAGCACUACCUUAGAUUCCAUCAGCUAAUAGGAAACUUUUUAUGGUGUAAAUUCUGUAAGACUUUGUACAUACUUCAGUUGUUAUGAAAUCUUUAAGAAAAAAAAAAGUUAUGCUAAUAAAUAGCUCUGGUGCAGGCA